AUGUCGCAUGAUACGAGAGAAAAUGUCCCCUCUGGGCCUGCUCCUACCACAGCUCAUCCUGAGAAGGUUCUCAAGGAUACUGACGUUGGCGCCACGGUCCUACAUGGAACGGUGGACGAGCUGCACUAUAACAGUGGCGAAGCUCGAAGAGUUCUCUGGAAGAUAGACCUCUUCUUGCUGCCGAUGCUGAGUAUAACAUAUAUACUUCAAUUCCUGGACAAGUCUUGCGUCUCUUAUGCCGCACUCUGGGGUAUGAAAACAGACGCUCACCUGGUCGGCGACCAGUAUUCCUGGCUCACAACCAUUUUCUAUCUCGGCUACCUGGCCAGCGAGUUCCCCAGCAAUGUUCUCUUCCAGAAGUUUGAUAUCGCACGCACCUGUGGUAUCUUUAUCACGGUGUGGGGAGUGGUGCUGCUCUGCAUGACUGCUGCAAACGACUUUGCUGGUCUUGUGACAGCUCGUUUGUUUCUAGGGAUCCUUGAAGCUGGAGUUAGUCCUUGCUUCGUACUUUUGACUACCAUGUUUUAUAAAAGGAGCGAGCAACCUUUGAGGACGUGCAUCUGGUUUUCAAUGAAUGGAAUGGCCAAUAUUUUUGGUGCCCUCAUCGGUUACGGGAUCGGCCACAUCGACGCUGCUCUUCCAGCUUGGAAAUUCCCCUUUAUCAUCUUCGGUUCCGUGACAAUAGUCUGGGGAGUAAUCUUCACUCUAUUCACUCCUUCUAACCCAACUAAGGCACGGUGGUUGACGGAGAAAGAGAAGGCUAUCGCAGUGCUUCGACUGGCUGAUAAUGAGACAGGCAUUGACACCAAAGUAUGGAAGUGGGAGCAAGUCAAGGAAGCUUUUAUUGAUCCCCGAUUCUGGUUGAUUAUCCUAUUUACACUGGCCAACAAUAUUCCAAAUGGUGGUGUCUCUGCAUUCGCUCCUCUCAUCGUUAAUAGCUUUGGCUUUAACAAAUUCGAGUCUACCUUGCUCGGAAUACCAUCUGGCGCUGCGCAGAUUCUGGGGCUUUGGAUAUCAGGUUACUUGGCUAUGAAAGUAAAAGGAAUCCGUCACUUCUUAAUGAUUGGGGGGCUUUUGGUAGCCCUUAUUGGAGCCUCAUUGAUCUAUGCUCUGCCCGACUCUUAUCGAGUUGGUCGACUUCUUGGCUACUACCUGCUAGUUAGUUUCAGUGCGAGUUUCGUUAUCGCUAUCAGUCUUGUUCAAUCCAAUGUCGCUGGACGAACCAAGAAGACUAUUUACAACUCUGCGUUCUUCGUAAGUUACUGCGUUGGUAACCUCAUUGGUCCCCAAUUAUUCUUCACACGUGAGGCUCCUCGCUACCAGUCCGGCUUCGAAUCAUGGAUUGUCUGCUUUGCUGUACAAAUUUUCCUCGCCGCGGGGAUGUAUGUGAUCAACCUGCGUGAAAAUCUCAGGAGAGAUCGUCUUGCCGAACAAAACAACAGUCGAGGUGUCCUAGAAGAUGAGUCCACCGCUAGAAUAGCUCUGGGACUGUCCGAUUUGACAGAUAUGCAAAACUUGCACUUUCGAUAUGUGCUUUAG